AUUACAAUGUGUCUGGCAUAAACAAGGAAAUGAGGACCUGUUCAGAACAGAGGAAGAAAAUGAGAAAUACAGACUGAAAAGCUUCCAGCACAUGAAAUUCUGAGAUUAUCACUUUUCACCAAAAGUUGGAAACCUUAGUGGUGAAGACAUACCAGUUGUAUUCAUGGAGAAGAUAUGCAGCUGGGACUCAGUCUUCUGGGACCUUCUGUAGAGGUUCUUGGCUUUCUUUCUCAUGUUCUCAAGUCUUUAAUCAUCGUUAAGAGUGUCUUUAUAGAAUAUGGUGGCAUGGGUUUGGACUUCUCCUAUAAUAUUGCAGUGGCAGAAGAGCUGGGAUAUAUCCGUUGUGGAGGUAUUCCCAUGGCCAUUGGAGUGCAAACUGGCAUGGCUACCCCUGCUCUUACAAGGUUUGGUUCUCAAGAAUUGAAAAAACAGUUCCUGGUACCAACAAUAGCUGGUGAUUUUGUGGCUUGCUUGGGAAUCAGUGAAGCUGGAGCUGGGUCAGAUGUUGCAAAUAUCAAGACAACGGCUGUGAGAAAGGGCGAUGAAUAUGUCAUAAAUGGUGGUAAGAUGUGGAUUACGUCUGGGACCCAGGCAGACUGGAUGUGCCUCCUGGCAAACACCAGUGAAGGACCUCCCCAUCAAAAUAAAUCUCUCAUAUGUCUGCCAAUGAAUCUACCUGGCAUUCAUGUUGCUAAAAAGAUAGACAAACUGGGUAUGAGGUCAUCGGACACAGCUCAGAUCUUUUUUGAAGAUGUAAGGGUCCCCUGCAAGAACCUCAUCGGUGAGGAAGGAAACGGUUUUACAUACCAGAUGUUGCAAUUCCAAGAAGAGCGGCUGUGGGGAGUAGCCAGUGCCCUGACACCAAUGGAAACUAUUAUACAAGAAACUAUUGCCUACACACGGCAGCGGAAGGUGUUUGGCCAGCCUGUCCUGCACAACCAAACCGUGCACUUCCGCCUGGCCGAGCUGGCAACCGAAGUGGAGACCCUGCGCUCGCUGCUGCACCGCGCCGUGGCUCUCUAUGUAGAAGGCAAUGAUGUGACAAAAUUUGCUUCCAUGGCUAAGCUAAAGGCCGGGCGUCUGACACGUGAAGUGACUGAUAGCUGUCUCCAGUUUUGGGGAGGAAUGGGAUUCACCAGUGAAGUUCUCGUGAGCAGGCUUUACAGGGACUUGAGAUUGAUGUCAAUAGGAGGUGGCUCAGAUGAAACCAUGCUUUCCAUCAUAUGCAAAUACAUGGACAUACUUCCAAGAAAGUGACGUAUCUGCACUCUUCCUUGAAAAUUAAGAAACCAUAGCGUGACUUGUGCUGCACACUCAAGGGGUACAGAUCACUAAUUUUGCCAUCAGGAAGCACAUCAAGGUCUUUCACCAUUACUAUUCUGUGUUUUCCAGUGUCAAAUUUUUGUUGAUAUGAAGCACUCCGAAAGCUUGCAGCCUCCUGCAUUCCAUUUUUUCAGUGGGUUACCUAAGUUUUCCAAUGACCCAUGCUAAACACACAGAAAAAAAAUAUCUUCUUUAAUCAAGCUUUACCUACACUUCACAGCAUCUAAGCUGAUAAUUACAAAACAGAACUUCCAUAUGAAUGGAAGCUUUGUAGCUUAAUCUCAUUUCAGUAUAGCUUUGCUUUCAAGAUGAAUAAUUAUGGCACAAAUUAUUCCCUGAAAUAAUGAAACCCCAGAACAGUCCCUUUUCUCUCAAUUACAGGUACCUUCCCUAUUUUUCACUUUUGGCAAGCAAUCAUUAAAAUGAGCUCUGUCAUCUUUGACAAAUCCAUAUCAGUUUGUACUCCACUCUGCCAUGGACUUUUGGUGAUGGGAGAAGUGUUAAAUUUUUAUUUGCAGAAUUCUACAAACAACUGUUUAAGAGUAUCAGAAGCUUGCAGAGACUGAACUUCAGCAGCAAUGUACCAUGUUGUAUGCAUAAUUAUUAAGAAAAAUAUUAAAAAUAAACACAUUAAUAUGAAAA